AUGAAGGCCUCCCCUAACGUGCCUGGGCGGGGUGUUUGUCCAUACGGCUAUAGCAGUGGUGUUCCCGACGAUACCAUCCAAGCUGGCACUGUGUCGACAACAUUUGAUUCGUAUAUAAGCAGUGUUUUCACAACACCCGGGAAGAGUAGUACUAAACUUUUUGCAGCAACUACAACCCCAAGGCCAUCUACCAAUACAGUAAAACCGGCAACCACAAUAAAACCCAUAAAACAUCCUACGCCUCCCUACAUAAAUACACCACAGACCACAAUCAAUGUCUUCAACAAUAACAUCACGUUUAAUACUCAACAACAACAACCGCGUAAAUUUUAUAUCAACACCUCAAGAUGUCACAUGCCCUAUGUGGAUCCCUUUACACCGCAAAUUCUUAAAAUGUUUAAACCUUCGCACACCACUGGUUGUACAAAAGAUGAGCCGAUCGUCACUGUUCAUUUCGAUGAUACGAACGAAGUUUAUCGGCUGCAAACGAAUUAUUCGGUAGCACAACAAUUUAUCAAACAUGCUACCAGCGAAACUAUUGUCGAUGAUUUGCGGUGCUGUUAUCGUCACAUCGAACGUAGCGGAAGUGGUGCCAGUGCUGAUUCGAAAUUUAACUUAUUACCCUGCGUAAUUUUCCAUCAGAACUUCACAGUUCCCACGCACAUCAAUGCCAUUAUUGUGGACUGUUCAUCGAAAUCGCUGAAGAAGGUUAUACAACAGGAUGCAUUUACAUUUAUUCAAGUUAAGGACGCCAAAAAGCCAGUGUCGGCGAAAAAUCACACCGAUGCGAAUAUUCCGCAGCAAAGUGAGGUGGAAAAAUUGGGUAUACUGCUGAUUGGCAUUGAUAGUUUAUCGCGUAUUAAUUUUCGUCGUACCAUGCCACAUACUUAUGCAUAUUUAAAGGAGAAAGGAUGGUAUGAGCUGAAAGGAUAUAAUAAGGUUGCCGACAACACCUAUCCCAAUUUAAUGCCCAUUCUCGCGGGAUUUACCGAUCCACAUGCCACGCAGUAUUGCAAGCCUACAACAGUUGGUGGUCUGGAUAAUUGCCCCUUUGUGUGGAAACGCUUUCACGAUCACGGAUUUGUAACGGGCUUUGCCGAGGAUACCGUCUCAAUCAGUACUUUCAAUUAUAAGAAAAAGGGAUUCCUGAAACCGCCCACUGAUCAUUACUUCCGACCAGCCGCCUUGGCCAUAGAAAAAACAAUGCAAAAGAGACAAAAAGCUGGUCUAUAUUAUUGCGUUGGUCGUCGCCAAUAUGGCGAAUAUGUUUACGAUUAUGGUGUAGAAUUUGCCAAACGUUAUCUGAAUCGGAAAAAUUUUGGUCUCUUUUGGACCAAUUCAUUUUCUCACAAUGCCUAUGACACGAGUGCCACAAUGGAUGAUAGAAUGCGUCAAUAUCUGGAGGAGUUGGAGGGGAAUGGUAUUUUGGAGACAUCGGUGGUGUUUUUCUUUAGCGAUCAUGGUCGGAGAUGGGGUCCUUUGUUGAAAUUACCCGAGGGAUUUUUGGAGGAACGCCUGCCGAUGUUUUUCAUUUCCACACCCAAUUGGUUUAAGUCCAGGUACCCCGAGUUAUCGCGGAAUUUGGAGUUGAAUCAAAAACGUCUAUCCGCACCCUAUGAUAUCUAUUUGACCCUGCAACAAUUGUUGCAAUUGGCCACUUUGGGCGAAUACAAACCUCAGCAGGCCUCAGAUUGUCCUACGGCUUAUUCGUUGUUCGACGUAAUACCCGAGGAUAGAGAUUGUGAUUCGGCUUGUGUACCCGAAUCAUGGUGUACAUGUUUGCCCUAUGUCACGCAGUCCACCAAGAGUCCGAUGGUCGGAAAGAUCGCCGCCAUGGUUGUGGAGAAAAUGAAUGAUUGGCUGUGGGCGCGUAAUUUAAGUUCGUUGUGUAGCGAAUUAGGUGUACAGAGCAUUAGUAAUGCAUUGAUGCGCGAUCAUGACCCAGCGAUGUUGUCUUCGGCUACUGCAUCUCCGGAUAUUGAAACAUAUCGUAUUGAUUUUACGACAAAACCCAAAACAUCGCCGGUAACUGAAUUCAGUGCCACAUUGGAUUAUGACAAGCGGACAAAGAGCAUAAAUCUCAAUGUGGAGGAUAUUGCGCGGCACAGUAUCUAUGAGAAGACGGCCAAAUGUGUGGAUGACAAACAGGCGAAAAAAUAUUGCAUCUGUAAGAAUGCAGUGAGAUAA